CAACACUCUGAAGAUAGCCAUGAAAUCAUCUCUUGACACGAAUUUCGUCAGUGAUGACAUCAGCAGUGCAAAUGUGACGUCGAACGAAUGGAACAUGUUCUUUAUCGACUUCGAGUGUUGUGCUGUGAAUGCAGUCACCGGACCUACAAAUGAUUUCGAUACCAGUCCUUGGUGCACCACAAGUGGUUCUUGUCAACGGACAGAUUCUCAGAUCCCUAAAGCAUGUUGUAUUGGUGUAACUAAGGACGACUACCAAUCAGCACCGGCUUCUUGUCAUGGCAGCGCCGCCGAUAAAUUUAAUACAAAGGGUUGUCUGGAAGCUAUACAGGAGAAACUAACGGAGAAUAGAAAUCAACGAGAUGUAGAUAUAGACCAUGUUCUAAGUGAAGGAUUCCGUGUUGUACUGAUGAUGGCUGUAUGUGCAAUCAUAUCUGUUUUUGAAAUAUUUGCCAAUUGUUGUGGAUAUCGAGUAACAGAAAAACAAAAGAUCAACCCUCAUUCCUGAGAAUGUUGAAGUAACCAUAACAAAUGCUAUUCCUAUAAAUACUGCCAGUAAUUAUUUUAAUCCUCUCAUUGUUAAUGUAUAAUGUACGUCAUCUCAUCUGUUAGCAAUACGUUUGCUUAUAUAUUUUGCAUUAGAAUCUCUUUGCGUUCUGAUAUCAAUCCGAAUAUGAAAUUGUAUUUUUGGUUCAGUCGUUAUAUUUUUAAACUUUAUGAAAAAAUUAGACUCUGUUUUUGUGAAGCAAUUCUGCGUCCAGUUGACCUCUAAUAUAAACAAACACGAUGAUAUGUGUAAUGAAAGUAUGAAAAAAUAAAGUACAUGAAA